CCCAGCCAGCCGGGGCCACCGCGCCUUCUCCCAACUCGGCCGCGCCCCUCAGGCGGCGCAGGGCGCACGGCAGGACCCCCGCAGGCGACACACGGAGACGCCCCGCUUUUCGGAGGCGGGGCUGCGCUCCUGCUGCCCUCUGAGGACCCAGGACUCGCCCUGCCGCCCCAGGACACCAGCCGCUGCCCCGCAGGAUGGACGAGGAGAGCCUGCAGAGCGCGCUCCGCACCUACGGCGCACAGCUGCAGCAGGUGGAGCUGGCCCUGGGUGCCGGCCUCGAUCCUGCCGAGCUGGCCGACCUGCGCCAGCUCCAGGGAGACCUGAAGGAGCUGAUCGAGCUCACCGAGGCCAGCCUGGUGUCCGUCCGGAAGAGCAAGCUGCUGGCCACCCUGGACGGAGAGCGCCCGGAGCAGGACGCCGCCGAGUACCUGGCCCUCCAGGAGGCUGUUGCUCAGGCAGUGGAGGCGCCCGUCGCCCCCACGGCGGAACUGGACACUGUUCCUGAAGGAGAGGCAGGGCCAGUGCCCAGCCAGCCUGGGCUCGAGGAGGAUGAAGGGGAGGACUCGGAGGAGGACGAGGGAGAGCUGAGUGGGAGGAAGGUGAACGCCCCCUACUACAGUGCCUGGGGCACCCUGGAGUACCACAACGCCAUGAUCGUGGGCACGGAGGAGGCGGACGACGGCUCCGCGGGCGUGCGCGUGCUCUACCUCUACCCCACCCACAAGUCUCUGAAGCCCUGUCCCUUCUUCCUGGAGGGCAAGUGCCGCUUCCAGGAUAACUGCAGGUUCUCCCACGGGCAGGUGGUCUCGGUGGAUGAGCUGCGCCCCUUCCAGGACCCAGACCUGAGCUCCCUGCAGGCCGGCUCUGCGUGUCUGGCCAAGCAGCCGGAUGGUAUCUGGCACCCAGCACGGAUCACCGAUGUGGACAGCGGCUACUACACAGUCAAGUUUGACUCGCUGCUGCUGAAGGAGGCCGUGCUGGAGGGGGACAGCAUCCUGCCCCCCCUGCGCCCAGAGUCCUCAGUGUCCUCUGACUCGGACAGCGGUGACGUGGAUGACGCCAGCUAUGCCAGAGUGGUGGAGCCCGGCGCCGCUGGCCAGGGGACCUGCAGCUCUGCCUUUGCCGGCUGGGAGGUGCACACUCGGGGCAUCGGCUCCAGGCUCCUCGCCAAGAUGGGCUAUGAGUUUGGCAAGGGUCUGGGCCGACACGCGGACGGCCGGGUGGAGCCCAUCCAUGCUGUGGUGCUGCCGCGAGGCAGGUCGCUGGACCAGUGUGUGGAGAUCCUGCAGAAGCGGGCCCAGGGCAGCAAGGCUGGCUCCAGCAGGCCCCCGAGGCGCCGGGGCAGAGGGGGCGGGCCUGGGGGCCGCCCACCCCCUCGGAGCGUGUUUGACUUUCUGAACGAGAAGCUGCAGGGCCAGGCCCCUGGGACCCUGGAGGCAGGGGCGGCCCCCCCAGGGAGGAGGAGCGGCAAGGAGCUGUACCACGCCAGCAAGAGCGCCAAGCGGGCCCUGAGCCUGCGGCUCUUCCAGACCGAGGAGAAGAUAGAGCAGGCCCAGCGGGACAUCCGGGGCAUCCAGGAGGCCCUCGUCCGCAACGCUGGCCGGCACAGUGCGACCGUGGCCCAGCUACAGGAGAAGCUGGCGGGAGCCCAGCGGCAGCUAGGGCAGCUCCGGGCCCAGGAGGCGGGCCUGCAGCGGGAGCAGAGGAAGGCGGACACCCACAAGAAGAUGACCGAGUUCUAGAGCCCGCGCGUACAUGGACGGGACUCGGGCUGGCUCCUAGCUGCUGCCGUCCAGCUACUCGAUGCCCCCAAAAGGGGGCUGGCCCACCCCCAGGAUAGACCCCAUGGUCAGCCUUCUUGCCAGCCUGGGGUGUGCGGACACUGCUGGGGGAAGGUGGGGUACAGGGUCGUGCCUCGGAUGCUCAUGUGCCCACAGAGCCCCCCCCUGCCAGUGUCGGCUUUUCAAGAACAUUAAAGAGAUUUUG